AUGAUACCAAAACGAACAACAAAAUUUACCAGUCAAUUAUCACAUUGUAAUAGCGAUGAUUGCCCUGAUCAACCAUUAACAGUGAUCCCUUUAAAUAUACUUGGAGUUAUUUGUUAUCGUUUAUCUCAAAAUGGAUGGCAAGAACUUGCUAAUACAAUCAAUUUGGAUACAAACCGAUUUGAUCAAAUGCCAUCGGAUGCUUCUGACUUACUAUCAGCUGCUAUGGAAGCUCAGGCUACUGUUGAAUCGCAUUUAAAUACGCAUAAUCUAGAUAAUAUGAAUACCGUUACAACCAACAAUAACAAUUGUAAUAAUCUAUCCAAUCCUAUCAAUGAUUUAACUAUAACUGUAUCAUUAAUUCAACAUAUAUGUAAACAUAAUAUGCUUAAUUUAGGUCAACUUCUCAAUUGUUUACAAAAACUUAAUCGUCCAGAUUUAAUCGCUUUAAUACAACAAACAACAAUUAAAUGUAAGAAAAGUAUUGGUCAUUCAUCAAAUGAAGAGUAUAAAAAUAAACGAAAUCAAUAA